AUGGCUUUCACAGGGAAAUAUGAGCUAGAGGAGCAAGAAAACUAUGUGGAAUUUCUCGAAGCAAUAGGGCUCCUUAAAGCAAAGACAGACCACAAGGUGAUCACAGAAGUGAAACAAGAUGGGGACAGCUUCACUUGGAUUCAAAGCGUCCCAAACUGGACUUGGUCAAAUACUUUCACUGUGGGUCAGGAAUGCGAGCUGACCACGAUGACAGGGGACAAAUUCAAGGCUCCAGUCAUUAUGGACAGUGGCGUAAUUUCAAUACAAUUCCCUCAAUACCAUUUGACAACCGAGAUUUCUGACAAUAAACUGGUCAUGACGUGUGUGACUGCAGAGAAGGGUGUGACGUUCAAGAGAGUGAGCAGGAGGAUAGCAUGA